CAGGUGUUGAGCGUGGAUCAGUUCCUCUACAAAGAUGGAGUGUAUGCUUUUUCUGCCGAACGCGUCGAGUCCGCCAAGACGGCGUGCUUUGAGAGGCUGAAGGUUUUGGUCCAGAAUGGCCAGUGCAGGAGGAUCAUAUGCACUUGUGGAUGCCCAGGCGCUGGCAAGAGCACCUGGAUAGCCGCACACGGCCGAGCAGAGUCGGCCGUGUUCUUUGAUGACUUGCUGUACACACCCAGACAUCGCAUGCAGUUCCUUGAGAACUUGAGCAAGUACGAGAUUGAGGAGAGAGACUUCGAAGCAGCGCUUGCUUCCAACUUGGCACGCUCAGCAGAUCGACAGGCACGGUGCAACUCUGCCAUCACGCUGCGCAUCUCUUGGGAUCAAAGCAAGCACGGCGCAAUCAUGCCAGGUGACGGAGGCCUCGGAAAAGGAGAAGAAUCCGAGAAAGGCAUAGUUUUCCAGCCGAAAAUUGCCGAAGAGCACACGGGCAAGGAUGCCCCGCGGUCCUACUACAUGAGUUUGAUGAAUUUAAUUGGUUGUUGCGCUGCUCGGCGCUGGUCUUUUCGGCUGCUGCAACAGCUCGAGCGACAAAGCAAGUGGGGCGGCAGCCUGCUGUCAGGCGCCGCGUGGCCAAUGAUGCUGAAGAGUUGGUCCCGCUCGAGGCAAUACGACCCGGCAGCGGUCGAAGAGCGGCAAGAAGCGGAGCGUGUGGCUGCCAGAGCGUGCGCGCUGAGGGGCAUCCAGAGCCUUUGCAUGUCGUGCAACACCUCGGUGACAACAGAUACCAGUGUGAGGUUUGCGGUUGGAUGGCCACCGGACAUAGAUGCAAGUUUGUCAAGAGGGUCUGCUACCCCGGGCGUGAGCAGCGCGGCAACGCUGCCAUGCGAAAGCGCCUGGCCGCCGCCUCUGCUUCCGGCUCUGGUCGGCGCUGGCACGGCGGCUGGUGCGCGAUGGCGGUGCUGCAAGGCCGUCCGGCCUGGCCACUGGGUGACGAGUCAAAGUUGCAAGCGUGGACAUCGCAGCGAUCGCCACGGCGUGCCGGAGUUUGCGUAA